CAAAAAGCAGCAGCACCCGAGGUGGGUGGUCAGGUGACUAUCAAGAUGGCCGCCACGCUGUCAAGCGAACAUUUCGACAAUUUGCAGCUUCUUCUAAAGGCGCCAUCCAAAGAGUUGGUGAAGGACUUGUGCGCGCAAAGUUACGAAGACCCAAGCGCCGAGUUGACUCGCAAGGCCUCCGCCGCGCUAGCUGUCCCCGAAGCUCAGGCGGCUGAGCUGCUCCGCUCGCUGCGCGCUCUCUCCGCUCACGUGGUCUUCCACAACCUGAACUCUCCCGCGCACGUCGUCCAAAUUUUCCCCGAUAACUUCCACGCCAGCCUGAAGAACCUGCUCGCCAAGAUCUUGUUAGAGAACAGCGCUGCGUGGAAAGCGGAAGCUGUCAAGAGACAAGCCUCGCUUCCCCAGCUGAAGUCGGUGGAGUGGCGGGUGGACAUGGCGAGCGGCUCGGACGCGCUCCGUCGGAUGUGCGUCCCCACGUGCCUGCUCCGCCUUCAGACGGAGGACGCGCGCGAGGAUUCCGUCUCCGUGGCCACGGUGGAGCUGAGCCGGGAAAGUCUGGACACCAUGUUGGACGGGCUGGGACGCAUCCGGGACCAACUGUCUGCGGUCGCCGGGAAGUGAUGACGUCAUUGCCGGAGGAAGGACUCGUUAUAUGGAAGUACUCUGUGCCAUCAGUUUAAAUUUGAAUUUCUAACAAGCUUUUUUUUUUUUUUUUUUCUUCAGUGUCAGUUCUAAUGCUGAAAUUUGUCAUAGUUGGAAUUCAGUUGUAAAAAAAAAAAAAUCAGUCACAAAAAUUCAAUUGCAUAAAAUUCAGUAAAUUCUUGUCAUUGCUUUUAUUUUUUUAUUUUUUUUGAGAGGGGGGUUUAAUUUUAACAAUUGUUGGAAAAAAUAAUGUAAAAAAAAUAGUUUCAGUAGUAGUAUUCGUUUUGUAGCUAGAUUUUUUCCCCCCAAUAUUUUUAUUUUUUUAUUCAAUCAAAUUCAAUUGAAGUUUUCAGAAAUUUAAUUUUAAUUUUUUCCCAAAAAAAUCCUGCUGCAAAAAAACUUGCGGAAAUAGUUGCAAAUUAUUAUUUUUUUAGGGGUUGUGGGGGGGUUUAAAAACUGAAUUUACAACAAUUUUUAGAAAAAAUCUUAAAAUAGCGACAAUUUUUGUAACUGGAUUUGAUACCAAUUUUUUUUUUAUUUCAACAAAAAAUUCUAUUGAAAUUUUCGGGAUUUAAUUUUCAGUUUUUUAAAAUUGUAACCAAAAUGCUGAUUUAAAAAAAAAAUGGAUUUACAACAUCUGUUAGGAAAAAAAAUAGCUGCAAAAAGAUUUUGGGGUCUUUUUGUAAUUGGAUUUGACAAAAACAAAUUUCAUACAAAUUUUCAGAAUUUAAAUUUUUUACAAAUUGUCACCAAAAUGCUGCUGCAAAAAUGUUUGCAAAAAAAUGUACUCACAAAAAUUCAGUUGCAUAAAAUUCUGUUGAAUUCAAAUGAAAUUUUUAGGGGGAAGGGGAUUUUGGAAAAAAAAAUGUAUUUACAACAAUUGUUAGAAAAAUUCUGUAAAAAAAAAAAAAAAAAAAGUGGCAAAAUUUUUUGGGUCUUUUUGUAGCUGAAAUUGACAAACAAAUUUCAAUCAAACGUUCUAAUGACAUUUUCAGAAAUUUUAAUUUUUUAAAAAUUGUAACUGAAAUCCCACUACAAAAAAAUAGUUGCAAAAAACUUUAAUUGCGAAAAAUCAGUUACAUAAAAUUCUGUUAAAUUAAAACUAUUUUUUUUCCCGGGGGGGGUUAAAAAAAAAGUUGCAAAAAAUGUAUUUUUGUAACUGGAUUUUUAUCCCACCCAAAUGUUUUUUUUUUUAUUCUUAUUAAAAAAAAACAAAAUUUGAUAGUCAUUUUUUAAAAUAUUGCAACAAAUAUCCCGCUGCAAAAUAUAGUUGCAAAAAUUCAGUUGAAGCAAUGUCAAUUUUUGUAGCUUUUUUUUUUUUUUUUUUUAAUCAAAAAAUAUUGUUAAAAAAAAGUCAUUCUUUUGCAAAGAAAUUUUUGUGUUUGAAUUUUUGGCUCAGUUUUGAUUGAUUGAUUUAUUUUAAAUAGAAAAAAAAAUCUUUUUGCAAUUUUGUUGGAUCAACAUUUUUGUGACCAUAUUUUGAUGCUGCUGCAAAAAAAAAAAAAUCAAGUAUUAGAAAUUCAAACUCUAGUGGCUCAGAUUUUGGGAUUUUUUUUGUUUUUUUUUUGUCUGGACGCUUGUUGCUAGGCAGAUGUUGCAACCGCCCACGGCGAAGAUUGACUCCCAGAAGACACUCGCGCAUUGUUCAAAUCAUUGAAGGUGUCAUGCCAAUAACAUGUUUUUCAUACUGGCCGGAGUACAGUGAGUCCCUCUGUGUCUAUUUGCACCGUGUGGACACUGAAGUCUCCCACGCCCUGAAACGCACCGUCGCGUUAACAAAUACGUCGAGGCGGCGGAAGAGUCGACUCACCGGCGUACGGGCGAGGACGUCGAAGACGGCGUCCUUCCGGUCGGGGAGGCGGGUCAGCAGGCAGAGGAAGCCGCCGCCCCCGGCGCCGGCUAGGCAUUGCCCCAUCGCCAGAGGCCGCAGCGCCUCUAUCACGGCUCGCACGGCGGCCGGCUCGCAGCCCGGCGCCAUCCGCUUCUUGUGACGCCACGAGCGAUCCAGGCAAACGCCCAGCGCCGACAGACAACCUGGCGUCACGAGACGUUCAUCUUUAUUGCGGCAAAAGUACAUGUAUUUGACCAAAAAUGCCACCAAAAAAAAACUGAAUAAAGAAAGUACUAUAAAGAUAUUUCAAAAGGCUACGUAUAUGAAAUACUUCAAGGUAUAGGUGCAGAAACGACAAUUAGACUAAAAUGACACGCUCACCGUCUUGGCAAGCUUUGGCACAGUCCUCGGCAUUGGCGACCAGUUCGCCGACGUUGCGCACCAUCGCGGGUAGACGACUAUACCAGCUGCGCACCACAUCCUGUCAAUAGAAAUGCAGACUAUUUCAGGGUUGCUUUCUGUUGAUUUGGGGCCAUUUUGUAGCCAAAUCCUGUUGAUAUCGGGUCACUUCCUGUUGACUUGGCUGCAUGUCAGGGUCACUACUGUUGAUAUUGGCUCACUUCCUGUUGAUAUCAGGUCAGUUGUUGAUUUAGUGGCAUUUCAGGGUCACUUUUGUUCAGGAAAAAUAGACCGGAAAUGUGUCAAAUAAACAAUACGUGACCCACAAAUGACCUAAAAACAGAAUGUGACCUGAAAUGCUCUAUACUUAACAGGAAGUGACUAGCAAAUGACCCUAAAUCAACAAGAAGUGACCAAAAUAAACAGGAAAUGUGGAAAAUAAACAGGAAGUGACCCACAAAAGAUCUACAAAUCAAGAGGAUGUGACCUGAAAUGCUUGAUACUUAACAGGAAGUGACCCACAAAUGACCCAAAUCAACAGGAAGUGACCAAGAUAAACAGGAAGUGACCCACAAAUGACCUAAACUUCAACAGGUUGCGACCUAUAAUGCCCUAUACUUAACAGGAAGUGACCCACAACAGGAAGGGGCCCAAAAUAAACAGGAAGUGACCAACAAAUGAUCUCCAAAUCAACAGGAAAUGACCCACAAAUGAGCUCCAAAUCAACAGUAAGUGACCCACAAUGAGCCCAAAAGCAACAGGAAGUGACCAAAAUAAACAGGAUGUAACCCACAAAUGACCUAAAAUUCAACAGAAUGUGACCUGAAAUGCGCAAUACUUAACAGGAAGUGACCCACAAAUGAUCUACAAAUCAACAGGAUGUGACCUGAAAUGCUUGGUACUUAACAGGAAGUGACCAAAAUAAACAGGAAGUGACCCACAAAUGACCUAAACUUCAACAGGAAGUGAGCUGAAAUGCUUGAUACUUAACAGGAAGUGACCCACAAAUGACCUAAACUUCAACAGGUUGCGACCUAUAAUGCCCUAUUCUUAACAGGAAGUGACCCACAACAGGAAGGGGCCCAAAAUAAACAGGAAGUGACCCACAAAUUAUCUCCAAAUCAACAGUAAAUGACCCACAAAUGAUCUCCAAAUCAACAGGAAGUGACCCACAAUGAGCCCAAAAGCAACAGGAAGUGACCAAGAUAAACAGGAUGUAACCCACAAAUGACCUAAAAUUCAACAGAAUGUGACCUGAAAUGCGCAAUACUUAACAGGAAGUGACCAAAAUAAACAGGAAGUGACCCACAAAUGACAUAAAAUCAACAGGAUGUGACCUGAAAUGCCAUAUACUUAACAGGAAGUGACUAGUAAAUGAC